GAGCCGAGAGACUCACUUGUGUGAGAGACGGCGUCACGAGGCGCGUCCGCGAGGCCGCGUUUUUCAUUUUCCAUCGCCCGCCGCGUUUUGCGAGGGUGCACCCGCACCUGUCUCAGGUGAACCCGUCGCCGCCGACGCCGCCACCGCUGCCGUGUCGUUAUCGCACGUGGAUAACAGAUAAUCCAAAGUUUCGGCGGCCACGAGAGAAGGAGAGGCAGAGGGGAAUUCCGUACUCCGUACUCGGUGCUCGGUGCGAGAGAUCUCGACGUUCGUGCUCCGACUUCGGAGGAGAGCGGUGAUCGCCGCUCGACGAAAAGAAGAAAUAUCUCGUCUCGGCUUGCACACCGUGGGCAACGCUAUUUUAGCGCUAUUUCAGCGAUCAACGUAGGAAACUCUCGAACCCAUCGUCGAUGGCUUAGUACAGUUGCAAAAAAUCCACAAAGACAGAAGUAGAAAAAAGAAACAGAAAAAUGCUUCACGCUCAUUAUGGGCAUGUGGCUCUCGCAGCUUUAAUUAUUUUACUUAUUACUUUAGCAGGACCUGUGAGCUCUCAACAUGGACGGGGCGACAAAGUACCAUCCAGAGGAUCGGUGCAAAGAGGAGAUAUGUCACCCCUGGAGGUGGUGACGGAACGUCAUAAUUGGCUAGGGCCGACCAUUUCCAAGUCAAGAGGAUUGUAUGCGAAAAGACCGCAUCCCUGCGAGCAAAGCUCGUGUUAUCCCGCAACCGGGAAUCUGCUGAUCGGUCGUAAGGACAAACUGAGCGCUUCGUCGACGUGCGGUCUCCAUGGUCCCGAAAGAUUCUGUAUCGUUUCUCAUCUCAAGGAUAGAAAGAAAUGCUUCUUCUGCGAUACGUCGAUACCUAAACAGCAACAUAAUAUUGAGAAUAUUGUUAGCGGGUCGUGGUGGCAGGCUGAAAACGGAGUGGAGGAUGUCACGAUACGUUUUGAUCUUGAAGCGGAGUUUCACUUUACGCACAUUAUUAUUCGUUUCCAAACUUUUCGACCAGCUGCCAUGUUGAUCGAACGGUCCUACGAUUUUGGAGAAACCUGGCAAGUAUAUCGAUACUUUGCCCAUAAUUGCGAACACUACUUCCCCGAAAUUCCGACUCAUCAACCUCAAAGAUUAACGGACGUCAUCUGCGAGACGAGAUACUCGGCUGUGGCACCAUCCACUGGCGGUGAUGUAAUUUUCAGAGUGUUGCCGCGAAAUUUGGAAAUUGACAAUCCCUACUCGAAGGAAGUGCAAAAUCUACUAAAGGUGACCAAUCUUAGAAUCAACAUGACGGGACUCCACACUCUGGGCGACGAUCUGCUCGACGAGCGGCCCGAAAUUCGCGAGAAAUAUUAUUACGCCAUCCAAGACAUGGUGAUUCGUGGUUCGUGCUCCUGUUAUGGGCACGCUUCCAGGUGUUUACCGUUACCAGGAGUCGCCGAUGAAGAGAACAUGGUCCACGGCAGAUGUGAGUGUACGCACAACACUAAAGGCCUCAAUUGCGAGAAUUGUGAGGAUUUCUACAACGAUCUGCCGUGGAAGCCUGCGGUCGGUAAACAAACCAACGCCUGUAGACCGUGUAAUUGCAACAACCAUACCAAUUCCUGCCAUUUCGACGAAACGGUCUACGAGAGAUCGGGCAGAGUGUCCGGCGGAGUCUGUGACGAUUGCCAGCACAAUACGCGAGGACAGAAUUGCGAACAGUGCAAGCCAUUUUAUUAUCACGACGUAACGAAGGAAAUUUCUGACCGAGAAGCUUGUCAACCUUGCGACUGUGACCUAAGUGGAUCCUUGGACGACGGCAUAUGCGACUCGAGAACUGAUCCUCUAAGUGGUGACGAGUCCGGACGUUGUCACUGUAAAGCAAAUGUUGACGGACGUCGUUGCGAUCGUUGCAAAAACGGCUUCUGGAACUUUGAUCCCGACAAUCCUGAGGGAUGUCAGGCCUGCACCUGUAAUACCUUGGGUACCAUCGACAAUCAGGGUUGCAACGUGGUGACCGGCGAGUGCACGUGCAAACGGUAUGUUACGGCGCGCGACUGCAAUCAAUGUUUGCCGGAAUAUUGGGGACUUUCCGAGGACCGUGAUGGAUGUAAACCUUGCGAUUGCGAUCCCGGCGGUUCUUACGAGAAUUCCUGCGACGUCAUCACUGGUCAGUGCAGAUGCAGGCCACACGUUAGCGGAAGGACUUGCAAUCAACCGGAGCAGAGUUACUAUACCGGCUCACUAGACUUUCUUAUUUACGAAGGAGAGUUAUCUAGAGCCACCGACAAUUGUCAAGUGGUGAUCAGAGAACCUUAUCGCGAUGGUAGGAACAGCACUUGGACCGGCACGGGUUUCAUGAAGGCUCUCGAAGGAUCAAUAUUAAACUUCACCAUUGACGACGUUCGCAGAUCGAUGUGGUAUGACGUGAUUGUACGGUACGAGCCAGUGCAACUGGGCGUUUGGGAGGACGUGCAGAUUAUUCUCGAGAGAGACGGUUCUCCAGAUCCUAAUGGACCGUGCGCCGAUUGGAGACCAGAAUACGAUCGCCUAUGGGUUCAAUUACCUUUGCGUUCGAGAAGCGCCAUGGCGCAACCGUCCAUAUGUUUAGAGGCAGGAAAACGUUACAAUCUUCUGCUGCAAUUCCGCAAGUUCAACAGCCACGUGGACACACCUUUGGCCUCCAUCCUGGUCGACUCGAUUGUACUGAAGCCGAGAAUAGACGUGAUACCUUUCUUCAAGACUCCUGGUCUGGGCGAAUUGCGUCGUCAAGAAUACGAAAGUUAUCAUUGUAACGAACUGUCCAACGAUGUCAACAGCGUGUGGAGUAACGUACCUGAAAUCUGCAAAAAGUAUCAAAACAGCAUCGGCUAUUACGUCUUCGAUGGCGCUCAUUCUUGCGAAUGUAACCCAACGGGCUCUCGUAGCCUUUUGUGCGAAAACUACGGCGGGAUGUGCCCAUGCAAGCCAAACGUGGUUGGCAGACGUUGCGACCGUUGCGCACCGGGAACCUACGGAUUCGGCCCAGAGGGAUGCAUCCCUUGCGAUUGCGAUGGCGUUGGCGCCCUCGAUAAUUUCUGCGACGUCGAAACCGGCCGUUGCAAGUGCCGUCCCAACACCUAUGGCAGGACCUGCGGUCAGUGCGAGCCUGGCUUUUGGAACUUUCCGCAUUGCCAGCGCUGCGAGUGUCAUGGCCACGCGGACAGCUGCGACUCGAAGACCGGGGCAUGCGCCAACUGCCGAGAUUUCACCACCGGACAUAAUUGUGACCGUUGCGUCGACGAUUUCUACGGCGAUCCACGGAUUGGCGUGGAUAUACCUUGCAGAGCGUGUCCUUGUCCAGGCACACGUGAAUCCGGACACUCCUAUGCCAAUAGCUGCUCAUUAGACUCAAUAACGCAAGACGUAGUGUGCGAGUGCUUCGAGGGAUACUCCGGACCCCGUUGCGAGCAUUGCGCCGAGAAUUAUUUUGGCAAUCCGGAGGUACCAGGCGGUAGCUGCCAGUUUUGCAACUGUAACAACAACACGGACUUGCGUCGCGCCGGUAACUGUGAUCCGCAUACCGGUCAUUGUCUCCAAUGUUUGUUCAACACCGACGGCUCUACUUGCGAGGUGUGCAAAGCGGGAUUCUACGGAGACGCUUUGCGACAGGACUGUCUAGACUGCAGAUGCAACGUUCUAGGCACUGACAAGACUGCGGGACCGUGCAACCAUCGUACCGGACAGUGUCCGUGUUUGCCACAUGUCAUUGGACAGCUUUGCGACUCCUGCGAGGAGAAUCAUUGGAAGAUAGCCAGCGGACAAGGCUGCGACCCUUGCGAGUGCGACGUCGUUGGAAGUAUUUCAGAUAGAUGCAAUCCUUACGACGGCACUUGCGAGUGCAGAUCAGGUUUUGGUGGUAGACGAUGCAACGAGUGUCAGUCAAACUUCUGGGGCAAUCCAAACGUCGAGUGUUACCCGUGCGAAUGUGACGUGAUUGGUUCCGCGAGUCAGCAAUGCGACAGGGAGACUGGAGUAUGCAUUUGCCACAAGGGUAUCGGCGGCGAGAAGUGCGACCAAUGUGACCGUGGUUAUCACGGCGAGGCUCCGCAAUGCAGUCCAUGCGGUGAAUGCUUCGACAAUUGGGAUUUGAUCCUGGACGGUCUAAGGAACAAGACAAACGCGGUGAUACAGGAGGCUUCGAGGAUACAGAAGGUCGGCACAACGGGUGUCUAUAGCCAGGAAUUCGACAACAUGGAGGAAACACUGAACGAAGUGCGGGACCUGAUCGGCAACACCACCAUCCGAAGCCAAGACCUAGACGCGUUGGACGACUUGGCUGAUGAAUUGACGAAUAAUAUCUCAAAGUCAGAGAAACUGUUGGCCGAAACGAACAAUCGCUUGGAGAAUCUCAAUCAGCGAGUCAGUCUUAACGACGUUGCGCUGAAGAAGUUAAAGAACAGAACCAACAACUUGGACGAGGCCGCUGCCGAUUUGCGAGAGAAUGCCACCAGGUUGCAAGAGGAGAAUGUUCUGGGUGCUCUAAACGUGACUCAGCAAAUGGCCGAGCAGUCCAGGCAGGCCGAGAAAAUGGCGAAUGACACUACGAAUGUUCUCAGUGACGCGGAACGAUUCCGCAAGCAUACCGAGAACCUCCUUGCGAAGAAUCGUGCCUCCGUGGACGAAGCCCAAGAGAGGAACAAGGAAUCGUUGAUGAAGCUGAAUGAAAAGCUCAAGACAUUCGGGACGGCGAUGCCUGAAUUGAAUCUGCGGAUGUGCGGCAACAAUGUGACGGAUUGUAGCACCGUCUGCGGUGGAGCGGGCUGCGGCUUCUGCGGAGGAUUAUCCUGUCACGCGGGUGCAGUCAGCAAGGCCAAUCAAGCUCUGGAUGUCGCCAAGCAGCAAGCUGCUAAGAUCAAGAGCCAUAAGGAUGAAGCCGAACAGUUGUUACGCAAUAUGAGUCAAAUUAAGCAAGACGCGACAGCAGCGAGAUCCAACGCUCAAGAUGCUUUCAAUUAUGCGUGGGAAGCGCGUAACCGCUCUGAUAAAAUCACCGAGGACGUCUCGGACAUAACCAAACGAAUCUGGAGCAUUCUGGAUGAGGAUCAACCUACGCCAGCCAUGGUGAGAGACCUCGCGUACGAAGUGCUCGCAAAGAACAUCCAGCUGGAACCGGACGAGAUCACGCAGUUGGCCGAUCGUAUCAAGAGUAUCGUGGGCUCUCUCACUGACUCCGAAAAGAUUCUCGCCGAUACCAAGGACGAUCUAGAGCGGGCUCACGUUCUCGAGGAACGCGCCAAUCGUGCCAAAGAGAUGGCCAUCGAGAAGCAAGCCUUGGCGAACAAAAUAAUUCUGCUGUUGAACGAGGCGCAGAAGGCGCAACAUUUGGCGCAGGAUGCGAUCGAUAAAGCGGAAGAUGACGUGUCCAAAUCGCAGAAGGAUCUCGCGGACAUCGCCGACGUGACGAAGGCCGCUCAGACCCAGGCUAACAGCACCACCCAAUCGGUGGAGGCUCUGGAUGUCCGUUUGAAGCAGCUUCAAACGCAAUCUGCGAAGAACAGUUUUAUCUUGACGGAGAUUGGCACGGAGGCGAAAAAAGUCGCCGACGAGGCGCAAGUGACCGACGGCAAGACGAAAAAAUUGUCAGAGGAGUACAAGAGGGCGGACGAGUUACUGAAUCAGCGGGUGAACAAAACUAAGGGUGAUAUCCAACGGGCAAAGAGACUCUUGCAGCGUGCCUCGGAGUUGACGGCGGACACGUCGACCAAGUCCAAGGAUUUGGACGGCAUGGAGAGCGUCUACAAGGAUAACGAGCGGCUGCUAACGGACCUGAUGAGCGAGGUAGACGCGCUGACGAUGGAGAUGGAAAGACACCUGGCGGAGAUCGAGAAGAAGUCACAGUUGUACAGACAGUGUUCUGCUUAAAAUUUAUCACCUUCAAUUAGGAAGUUACUUAUUUUCCGAUCGCAAAGUACCAUACGUAUUGACAAUCAAUCAAAUUUUUCUUCUUUAUUACGUUCGACACAGAUAUCUAUCCGCGCGCGAUGGAAUCUCUUACUCCAUAUUAUUAAUAAGAUCGGUGCUUUAUACUUGUGCAAUAGCAAAUGAAUUUUACCUUGAUUUAUAUAGGAAACGGAUAUGCGUAUUUACGUAAUACAUAUAUAUAUACAUUUGGCAUUCGCAACUUAUUCUGGAUAAUAUUGCGAAAAGCGAAGAGAUUAUUAUUAGUGCCAUAAAUGUAAAUGAAGGGGCCAUUUAGUAAUUGUAAAGAGGACGAUUUGGUUAAAGCUUCACUUCAAGCGCAAUCAAGAUGCUACCUUCUCUAGCUUUUAGCUUCGCUAAAUUUUCUUUAUUCUUUUACAAUUUUUUUAUUUUUAUACUUUUCAUAGUACACAUUUUUUUCUAUACAAUAAGAAUAUUGUAGACACGUUCUAUCUACUGAUACAUGCAUAUGCCAUUUUACUAGACGUGGUACUUAAAGAAACACCGUAGCGAAGUAUUAAGCUCGUGUUCCAUAGAUGAUACACUAAAAAUAAUUAAAGAGUAAUGUAAAUAAUUAAAAUAAAUACAGGAUUAAGAUGUUAAAAUAAAUAUUCUGCAACGGAUCUAUUGAAUAUAAAAUGAUAUUCGAUAUAUCGCUGAGACGCGCACAUUUUAUCUGCAAACAUGGACAAAAGUGGCCUUGUCGAUCAUUACAGUGCCUGUAAAUAAAUACAGUUUGCGCAUCUGUAAAUAUUAAAUGUUACAUACUUAUACAUCCAGUCUACGAUGGCUUUUCAAACUCUUACUUUUUAUUAUUCUUUUAACUACACAUUUUUUAUCCUGAUUAUAAAAAGUGACGAAAGAAAUAUAAUAGAGAUACCGAUAUAAAAGUCGUGUAAUUAUGCUGGCGAUACAAAAGCGCGAAAGAAACAAGAUUUCGUUAUUUAUAUCAUUAUUGCACGCGAUCGAUCCUCAUAUAUUACAUCAAAAGUAUCGUCGAGAGUUUCAUAUUUAAAAGUGGGCGAACGAUGCUAUGAUCAAGCCAAAAAGAAUUCAAUGGUAUUUAAAGUUAUAUUUUAUGUAUAGCGAUAUUACAAUACUGUAACGUUAAACAGAAAUAAAUGAGUUUCCGAAACGGAUAA